AUGACGGAGAACAGGAACAGUGUCAAUUUCUCUUACUUCAGUAAAAGACCAGACUCUCACAGCAGGAAGAGUCCUUCAGACCCAGAGAAGACCAAACCAGCAAAACCACACCACUGCUCCCAGUGUGGAAAGAGUUUUACCUGGUUAGGGAGUCUGAAAUCACAUAAGCGCACACACACAGGAGAUAAGCCUUUCAAUUGCUCCCAGUGUGGAAAGAGUUUUACUGAGUUAGGGACACUGAAAAAGCAUGAGAGGACACACACAGGAGAGAAGCCUUUCCAGUGUUCCCAAUGUGGAAAGAGAUUUACCCAGUUAGCGAACAUGAAAAGGCAUGAAGGAACACACACGGGAGAGAAGCCAUAUCAAUGCUCCCAGUGUGAAAAUACAUUUUCCUCAUCAGGGGAAUUGAAAAAACAUGAGAGAACACACUUAGUAGAGAGGCCUUUCCAAUGUUCUCAGUGUGGAAAGAGUUUUACCCUGUUAGGGAGUCUACACACGCAUGAGAGAACACACACAGGGGAGAAGCCCUUCUGCUGCUCAGACUGUGGAAAGUGUUUUACCUGGUUAGGGAAUCUGAAAUCACAUGAGCGGACACACACAGGAGAUAAGCCUUUCAACUGCUCCCAGUGUGGAAAAAGUUUUACUCAGUUAGGGAACUUGAAAACACAUGAGAUGACACACACAGGAGAGAAACCUUUCCACUGCUCCCAGUGUGGAAAGGGGUUUAGACAUGCAGGGAACCUGAAAGUGCAUGAAAGACGACACACUGGAGAGAAGCCAUAUAAAUGCUCACAGUGUGAAAUAACAUUUUCCUCGUCAGGGGACCUGAAAAAACAUGAGAGAACACACUCUAUAAAGAGGCCUUUCCAAUGCUCUCAGUGUGGAAAGAGUUUUACCCAGUUAGGGAAUCUACAAAAGCAUGAGAGAACGCACACAGGGGAGAAGCCCUACCAUUGCUCAGACUGUGGAAAGAGAUUUACCCAGAUAGGGGACCUGAAAUCACAUGAACUGACACACACAGGAGAGAAGACUUUCCAAUGUUCUCAGUGUGGAAAGAGUUUUACCUGGUUAGGGAAUCUGAAAUCACAUGAGCGCACACACACAGGAGAUAAACCUUUCCACUGCUCCCAGUGUGGAAAAGGUUUUACUCAGUUAGGGAACUUGAAGACACAUGAAAUGACACACACAGGAGAGAAGCCUUUCCACUGCUCCCAGUGUGGAAAAGGGUUUAGACACGCAGGGAACCUGAAAGUGCAUGAAAGAAUACACACUGGAGAGAAGCCAUAUCAAUGCUCCCAGUGUGAAAUGAGAUUUUUCUCAUCAGGGGACCUGAAAAAACAUGAGAGAACACACUCUGUAGAUAGGCCUUUUCAAUGCUCCCAUUGUGGAAAGAGUUUUACCCAGUUAAGGAAUCUACAAACACACGAGAGAAUGCACACAGGGGAGAAGCCCCACCACUGCUCAGACUGUGGAAAAAGAUUUACCCAGAUAGGGGACCUGAAAUCACAUGAGCUGACACACACAGGAGAUAAGCCUUUCCAAUGCUCCCUGUGUGGAAAAAGUUUUCCCCGGUUAGGGAACUUGAAAAUGCAUGAGAGAAUACACACAGGAGAGAAGCCUUUCCACUGCUUCCUGUGCGGAAAGAGUUUUACCGAGUUAGGAACACUGAAAAAGCAUGAGAGGACGCACACAGGAGAGAAGCCUUUCCAAUGUUCCCAAUGUGAAAAGAGUUUUACCCAGUUAGCGAACAUGAAAAGGCAUGAAGGAACACACACUGGAGAGAAGCCAUAUCGAUGCCCCCAGUGUGAAAAUACAUUUUCCUCAUUAGGGGACCUGAAAGCACAUGAGAGAACACACUUAGUAGAAAGGCCUUCCCAAUGCUCUCAGUGUGGAAAAAGUUUUCCCCGGUUAGGGAACUUGAAAAUGCAUGAGAGAAUGCACACAGGAGAGAAGCCUUUCCAAUGCUCCCACUGUGGAAUUUUUUUUGCCCGGUCAGGGACAUUGAAAAUGCAUGAGAGAUUACACACAGGAGAGAAGCCUUUCCAAUGCUCCCAGUGUGGAAAGAGUUUUACAGAGUUAGGGACACUGAAAAAGCAUGAGAGGACACACACAGGAGAUAAGCCUUUCCAAUGCUCCCAAUGUGGAAAGAGUUUUACCCAGUUAGCAAACAUGAAAAGGCAUGAAGGAACACACACUGGAGAGAAGCUUUUCCAAUAAUGUCAUUGUGGAAAGACAUUUUCCCGGUCAGAGGACCUGAAAUCACAUGAGAGAAUAGCUGUGGGUUCUGACUUAUUUUUUUGACUAAUAAUUUGUGUUUUGGUUUAUGCAACAUCAAAUCAUAUUGUAUGUAUGAAAGCUUCCUCUAAAAUAGGCCUACCUUUUGUAUUUUGUUUAUUCUUCUCAAGACAUGAUCACAUCUAAAAUCAGAAUAUAUAUUUUUGUAUGUGUUUUUUGAUUAUGUAUUUUGAUUGAUUAAUUAAAUACAAGUCUAGAGUUAGAUAUUGGUAUUUCAAAAUGUAAAUGAUUAAAUAGAUUAAUAGAUUAAUAGAAUGAUAGAUUGUGCAUUUCUUGAUUCUAACCUUGAAACCUCUUGAAUUUGAUAUGAUUUGGAUAUUACUAAAGAAAUUUGAUUGGAUAUAUUUUUGGGGAUGUUGCAAAUUGAAUUUGAUUGAAUACAUGAUUUGGAUAUUGCAAAAUGUAAAUGAUUA